GAGCACGCGUUUCCCAUCGAAGCGCGCUAUUUUCGAUUCUUCAACGUCCGCAUGCAUUUUAUAUGAAUACUUCAUCAACGGGAAGCCAUUCGGACGGAACUGAUACUGCACAUGUAUUCCUCUGAACCUUACUCAGCUUCUGACAUUGCUUCGAUACUUCCUCCAUAUGAGAUUGAACCGAGCGGAAUUUUGGUUGCCGGAGAAGAAGUAGUCUAUAGCUGUGAGAAGAAGUCGUCUGAGCCUAGAAUUGUCACAAGAAAUUAUUCCGUCAGUGUAGAUGACGAUGAAACGUGUCGGACUGACCGACUGUCGUCGAAAAUUAGCCUAAAUGUGUCUGUGAUAAGAAAGAUUCGAUCGUCUUCACCGAAUACUAGCCCUUGGUUUCCCAAAAAAGUUGUUGUCUCGACCGGCAAACGAAGGAUCGAGACAAUGGCUUGGGCUCAUAGUUCAGGGAACCAGCUUAGUCGUCCGAGUCCAACACGAGCAGCCUUUCUCGAUGACGAUUCGCGGAACAACCUUUCUCUGGCGCAAGUGAAUGAGUCCACCGUUUUGGAUGACUUGGAUAUCACUCCUUGCACCUCCUCGAAGGACUGCGACCCUUCUUUGUCAUCCGUCAAUGCACCCUGGUACACUCCACGAAGUUCUUCCAUGCCCUCCACAUCAUCAGAGUCUUCAGAGGGAUUUCAAAUAGACUCCGAGGUAUCCAAAGGAGACUCUAACUCGUUAUGCAGGUCAGGUCAAGCUGGAGAUGGUGUUGUGCGAGCUGAAGCUGAUGAACCUCCUACAGAAGCAAGAAAGUUUGCCGUUGAGGUCCAGCACUUUAGCGUACCGCUAAAGGUUUAUCCUGGAUCUUCUGGGACUAAGUCUGCUUCAUUACAACGAACACAAUCGGAGUUUCCAUGUCCAGUGGAGGGCUGCUCCUCUAUUUUACGAACUCGCACUGCCUUGCGAAAACACUCCCUCGUUCAUGCAGAGCGUAAAUUCUCCUGCAAUGUAUGUGGGAAGAGUUUUGCUGAAAGGACGAAGCUGAAUCGCCAUAUGCUCACUCACACUGGUCAAAGAGCUUUUAAGUGCGAUUACGAGGGUUGCGAUAAGGCCUUCUCAUUGGAAGCAAACUUGAAAUCACAUAUCAAAACUCAUACAGGUGAGAAGUCGUACAAAUGUCAGUUCUGCAACCAUGCCUUCACUCAUCCAUACAAUUUACGGGUUCACAUAUCAAGACGCCAUAAAGGGCAGAUAUGAAUUUCCAUGCUUUGUGAAUUUUUAUGAAUGUAAACAUUGCACACUUUAUACUUUCAAGGAGAUCAAGCUCACUAUUACACUGUGAUUUGCUAUAUAGUGUGAGAUAAAACAACCCGAGGGUGAUUUCUUCGAGCAGUUGUUCAUAGAAAACAAAAAUGAUGAAUA